AUGCUGAUCACGCUGUGCUAUCUCUACCUAUGGGCGCGCUGGGGAUCCUGCUCAGCAGCGCUCAUCCGUCGCACCGUGCACCGCCUACACCGCUCCCGCUGCUCCUUCACCUUCUGCUGCUGCGCCGGCACCCCGCCGCUCCGGCGGCCGUGCAUGCAGGUGCCGCCCGAGGAGCGAGUCUGCCUCAGGAUAGGGAACAAAGUCUUUUUCACGGACGAGACGCAGUUCCUUGAUGACUUAAACAGGUGGAGUCUACUUCUCAUUUCUCCUUUUAUUUGUCCUGACAAGUUCCUUAAAGCAGGACAUAUAGCUUUUGUGACAGAAAGCAUUUCAGCUCGGACAGAUAACUUGCAGAAAGUACCUGGCUCUUCAAAAGAGGUUGUGAAGUGGUCAGACUAUUGCUCACCAUUGGCCUAUAAACCUGGUGAGCCUUAUAAGUUAAUUGCUGAAGCAAGUGUAGAUAAUUUCAGUAACCUUGGAAUAGCAUUCAUGGAAGACAGGCUUCAAAUGGAUAAUGGAAUGGUGCCACACAAGAUUGUUUCUGUCCACCUACAGGAAUCUACUUUGAAGGAGUUGGUGGAAGUGGAGCUAUCUGCAAAAGAGCAAAGUGUAAGCAGUACACAAAUGGAUGAAGUAACUCCUGCUGCUACUUUUGGGACUACUCUUAAAUCAGGAUUAGGAGUAGCAGAGACUGCAGGACAAUGUGAAGAGGAGAAAUCCAUGCUGGAGAAGGAAAGUGAGCCUGAAGAUGAAUCCAACUGUUUAUCUGACAAAGAGACAGGUGCUGGAGAACAUCAUCACUUGCAUCUUUCCAGCUGUCAUGAAUGCCUGCAACUUGAAAACAGUACUAUUGAAUCAGUCAGAUAUGCCUCUGCAGAAGACAUUCCGGAACUUUCUGAUGAUUGCAAUAGCACAUUAGAAGAGAAUGAUGGUUUUCUGGCAAAAGGAAUUAAGAGAGUAAACCUUGCUGGAAAGCCCCCUAAUAUAUUGAUUUAUCUUGGCUCUGAAACUGCAAAAGUGAAAUUUGAGCAGGUAAAAUCAAUCCUUCAAGAAUGCAUUGAUGCAGACAGCUACACCAUCUACCAGCUGCAUGAAGAGCAAGUUCUGAAAGCUCCGUGGGUUGAUAAUUCACUGCUGUUGAUCAUUGCCACAGAUGAGCCUAUUUCUGAAGAGAACCACAAACAAUUUGUGAAGUUUUUGUCUAAAGGUGGAAAGAUUCUAGGAUUUUCUUCCUCUCUUACAUUUGAUGGCAUACAAAUAAAGAGAAAAAACAAACUGAAGAAGGCUGUUCAUGAAUUAGUAGUCUCUAAAAUGGACAGCACUGAAAUGAAGUUAAAUCUCUUGGUCAGUGGCUGUAUUUUUGAGGAAGUGAUGAAGGAAGAUAAAAGCAAAGUAAAGAUACUAAGUCGGUUAAAUAAUUCUGAUAAAGACACAGUUAUUGUUCAUCUGUCUUAUGGAGACAGUGGAGGAGAAGCCAUUCUUUCUCAGGCACACUUGGAACUGGAUAUCAAUUCUAUGGAUGUCCAAACUGAACAGGAUUUUAAUUUGCUUAAGAUAAGCAAUACCAAGAGAUACGAAGUUCUCAAGGAGAUCCUGACAUCACUUGGCCUGAAUUGUGAAUUGAGUAAAGUUCCUGUGUUAACACCCAUUUAUCUUCUCUCUUCUGAUGAGGAAAUCCAUCUUGCUUUUCUGAAAUGGCUUGAGGGAAACGUAGAUGCUGAAGGAAUAAGAACAUCCAGCAAGGUGUCUCUUAAAUUUGUUUCAUCCUGUGAAUCAAAAAUGGAGAUAACACCAUCUCUCAUGCCAGUCAUCACUGAGACAGGAAGCUUCUCAUCUGAAUAUUUCAGCCUGAAGACAUAUCAACAGAAUCUUCAAACAAAGAAGCUUGGAAAGAUUCUUCUUUUUAGUGAAGUUACUACAACAACACAGGAUCUUCUAGAUGGGUUAAUGUUCGAGUUGCCUGAGGAGAUGGGUUUAAUAGCUAUUGCUGUUCGCCAGACACAAGGGAAAGGUCGUGGUGGAAAUGUUUGGCUCAGUCCUGUGGGCUGUGCGCUAUCCACUUUGCAUGUCACCAUUCCUCUACAUUCCAGCUUGGGCCAGAGAAUUUGUUUUAUUCAACACCUGGUGUCCUUGGCAGUAGUAGAGUCAGUUAGAUCAAUACCAGGAUAUGAGGAUAUUGAUCUGCGAGUAAAAUGGCCAAAUGAUAUCUACUACAGCGAUCUUAUUAAGCUUGGUGGAGUUCUGGUAAACUCUACACUUAUUGAAACAACAUUUCAUAUACUUAUUGGCUUUGGAUUUAACGUGAAUAACAGCAACCCUACCAUAUGCAUCAAUGAUCUCAUCACAAAAUUUAAUAAGGAUGAAGGGAAAAAUCUGAAGCCUUUAACUGCAGACUGUCUUAUUGCAAGAACUGUAACUGUGCUAGAGAGGCUUAUAGAUAUUUUUCAGGAGAAAGGGCCCAACGGAGUUCUUCCCUGUUACUACAAGUACUGGGUACACAGUGGUAAGAAAGUCCGUCUCCACAGUGAGGAGGGCCCGAUUGCGUGGAUAGUUGGGAUAGAUGAUUAUGGAUUCCUUCAAGUUCAUGAAGAAGGCAAGGGUGUAGAGUCUGUGCACCCCGAUGGCAACUCUUUUGACAUGCUGAGAAACCUCAUAGUCCCAAAGCAUUAAUAGCCCUCUGAGCUCCCAGUGCAAAGGGAGGCUUUUUUUUUUGUAUUUGCCACCAAGCAGCUAAACUUAAAGGUGGGAAGGGUAGUUAAUAGCUUGGGUUUUUUUCCUUCUGAUUUUCUGAUAUCUUUGUUCUUUGGCAUGGAAACUUCAACAGUUAAGAAGAGCUAAUUAUCUCAUUGCUGAAGGCCUUUAUUCUUUUGAAACACAUCUAUGUUGCCAUUCUUUGUAAGCAUCUAUUCUUUAAAAGGAGCCUCAUCGCAAAGGAAUACAGACCUUUCUUUUCAUUUACACUCUGUAUUUGAGAAACUGAAGUGUCUAAAUAUUUCUUUUUUGUGUCUCUGUGGUUUUAUUGUACUUUAGCACAAUACAAUACAAUCUUUACAUUUUUACUAUA